AUGAGGAGUGGCGUUGAGGAUGAGGAAAAGCGUUCAAAAUGGACUUCACACUUUGAUUCAGUGUGGGAAAGCCCUUACCUAGAUAAUCUCAUCAAUGUUUGGCCCCAUUUCCACUCAUCGUCUGCCCUCUGCCCUCAUCGUUUGCCCCCAUCUUCAACCUCUGGCCUCAUCGCAUGGUCUGCCUUCGAGGCAGACAAGUUCUGCCUGUAUGACUUCGUGUCAUCCAGCGCUAUCUGGCCGUCUGACUACGAGUCAGAUUACGGUCUACCUACCUCAACACCUCGCCCACAUCCAUCCUCUACAAAUGAUUUUUCAACGACAUCCUCAUCUCCCACCCUUGUCUCCACCGCAUCGACUGGCCUGAUCGCAUGCACUGUCUGGCUGUCUGACUACGAGUCGGAUGCCUCAACACUGCGCCACUAUCUAUUCGUUCUCUGCGCAAGCGCAUGUCCAGCAACUCAAUUCUAUUUCAUCGUCUGCGGGAAUUUUGAACGCUCAACAUCUUUGUAUUCCAACUACCGAUCGAUAAUCAAAGUUUGGGGUAUGCAAAAUAUGGAGAUUUUUGAUGAUGACCAUGGCAUCAUCAGUACCGCCAGUAGCCUGGACUCUUACGCGCGGAGAAGCUCAUAUUCGCCCCAUCACCCAUUUGGACCCUCAUUUUCUAUCAAGCCCGCCUACGUUUCAAUGGCACCGUCUACCAGAAAUGCAGCCCGUCGUGGUGCUACCGGUACUGGCACUCAUGACCCCACAGUGUCUGGCACCUAUGUCAUGCGCACACGCAGUGGUGUUGCCAUCAACCCCCCCGCCAAACAAAAUAAUAAGCGCCAAAGAAAUGCUGUCCCCGAGUCAUCUCCUGCUCCGGAUGACCCUCACCGGCCAAAACCUCGUCCUUUACCCCGACGUUCCUCGGGUACGACCUUUGAGGACUAUGCUCGAAUCCUUGCUCGCCCUCGCAAACAACACUUAAAACCCACAGCGGACUCCGUCUCUUCUGGAAUGGAGUUGCAAAGCGACCAUCCCCCAGAUACACCUGACAUCGACGAUGACGUACCCGUUACGGACACUCGCAUGGAUGAUGAUAUGAACGGCGGUAGCGACAAUGAUGCCGAUGAUGAUAUGACCAAUGAAGACCGUGAACACAGCCAGGCUAACGAAGAUGAGGAUGAGGAUAAUGAUGGCUCCGUACGUGGAAAGACUUCAGACAACGUAGAAGGUGAUAGCGACAACGACGCCAAGGAUGGCGAUGAAGAGCCUGAGGGUGGCGAUGAAGAGCUUGAGGGUGGCGAUGAAGAGCCUGAGGGUGGCGAAAAUAACAAGGACUUCGAGACUUCACAAGCCAGGAGACUUCGGCCUCGAAGGGUCAAGAAGGGCAGCUACAAUUUACAUUUCGAUGAUGGUUCUCAAAGCUCUUCAUCGGAUACCAGCUACCGUGAAGGCCCCGCAACAUCUGAUCAAGAUUCCGCCCAUGAGUCAGAUGCAAACAAAGACCUCGACCCCAACCACAACAGCCCGUCUUCACUGCCUGCUAAGCGCAGGAAAAGGUCUUCAGCGAUCGAAACUACCUUGGCCAACACUUCCCAAAAAACAUCUCACUCGACAACCGUUCGCAAGAAGCAUGCAGCUAUUUCACAUGGUGGCAACCCCACUCCAGCCAGUAUAGUCUUUGGCCCGACGCCGGACAUUGACAACAGUGAGAAUGAAGACGAACCCUCAGGUCAUUUAAAGCGUGGACGGCUAUGUCAGGAGGGCAUCGAUGAGGCUCAGGAACUUGGACAGAAAACAGCAGAAGAAGCUCGGGUGAUUGGCGCCAAGUAUGGCAAGUCCGCGCGCGCUAUUCUCAUUGAGGCUGGUCUGUCCAUCAAGCAUUCACGAUCAGAGUCUGAUUGGAAUGCCCACCAACGCUGGUUCAUGGAUAAUAACCCCCGCAAGGACAAAGAAUCUAUCAUCGACUGGAAAGAACGUCAACGCAAACAUUAUCAUGCGAUGGGCAAGGAUGACGAAGAGUGGGACAUCAUUCGCAACUAUAACGUUACUGGCGGCAAUACCAAUCAAUCACGCGCCAAGACCAUUUUGUCAAUGAGGGAGGAUAUUGCAAGAAAGUUGUCUGCUUAUUCUCGCCUUGAAGGAGUCGAGGCCAUCGGCUGUAUAUUUGAUACAACACAAGACGAGGCUGCUCGACAGGCAUCCGGCUUUGUCGCGGGCUCCGACCUCAUAGUCAAGUUGAUCAAUGAGCAUCAACUGGAUGCUCGCGCAAUAUUAGAUUGGGUCGUGACUGCAACGAAAGCGAAAGGCUACAAUAUAUCCGUGCCGCAGUUCAUGGGGGGAGUAGGGGCUUACGAGAUUCUACUUUCAAAGCCAAACGAGGCUCCCCGCGACCGUUACAGGAGGAUAUGGCCAAUUAUGGUACUCGAGCACACUUCGAAGUUUGGGUAUCAACCCAAAGCAGUCCAGUGGCGGAAGCUUCUUGACUAUGCUUUCCAGUACAAGUUCAUGAUUAAGAACUGGCCUGAAGACGUCCUUCCUAUCGGUCCCGAAUUCAAUCCUCACAACCUAAGUUCUCAGCACCUCAAGCUACUUGUCGUUCCUUUCAUCAAGCGCAAAGCGCAUUCUUAUUAUGAGGCAGAGCUCCGCACUGAAGCUGAGAGCUUGUUAGAGCUAGAGAAAAAGAAGUCGAAGGGCAAGCGCCGAGGUCAGGGGCGCACUGUGGAAGACGUCAUGAGUGAAUUAGAUGUCGAUGUACCCGAGAUCGAGUUCGCAGCUUGGCCAGAUGAAUGUAUCAAGCAGCUCAAUGACGAGGUGCCGGAGAUGUUCGACAUUCCCUUGGUGACCAGUGCCUUGGAUGUUGUGCUACGCAAGCUAGUAGACUCCGCCAAAUUUAAGGCGUCUGUCCCUGAAGAUAUAUUGGCAGCUCAUGAAGCACAUCCGGAUGGUCAGACUCCCUCUACUCACGACACGCUGCCAAGUGAUCAUGAAUCUCCUGUCACUCCGAGCCCCCCGACCUUGCCAUCAAACCAACGUCACCCUACCAAUUUCACAGCAGUACAUCGCUGCGAGGACACUCAUCUUCCUCAAGUCCCAAAUGUGUUUGAUCGUGAAUCUCGCCCUGUUCUGCCUACAAGCAGAGAUGAACCUGUCGGUGGUGGAAGACGACAGGCUAGCCUGCCGUUCAAGGCGAAGAAACCUUUACGGGUUGACCCUACAUUCAUGCGCCGCAUGGAGGAGCGUCCCGCUGACUCUCGUAAUGAUGCAGACUUGGAGCUUGCGCCCUACCCAGGCCCUCGUCGUGAGGACAGAGAUUUCGUUGCCCCAAACCGCCGCCGUGAAUAUUCUCGUUCACCUCCUGUAUACCCUCAGCGAGAUCCAUCUCGCUCAAGGUACUAUCGGCCCACCUACAGGCAACGCGAGACUUCUCCUGUCGCGCUUAGCGAUGAUGGUUCUUAUCCUGGACGUCCUGCUCACUCACGCCGGCAAAAUCAUGCUGAUGAUUUCAAUCAGAGGUUCCAAGUAAGGAGAGCUGGUGACUCUCAUUAUGAAGACGGGCCUUCGCGGUUUCGCUACUAA